AUGGCCGAGCACGUGAACAUGCUCCUCGAGGCCGUGCUGGCACUCCGCCGCAGCGUGCAGCGGCUGGAGUCGGACCACGAGGAGAAGGAAUGCCCGCAGCGGCCGCCUCGAGUGGAAGAGCCAACCGACGAUUCUCCCUGGCCUGUCCCACUUCCGCCGCCUCCCUUCAAGGAUGAUCUUCCGCCGCCACAAGCGCAGGCCCCCGCCCCGCAGGAAGACGAGCCGGCCGUGCCAGGGAGUCGGCCACCGCAGCCUCCCAGUCCAGCGGCUCCGGGCAACCCGGAGCUUGGGCAGCAAGGCCAGCGCGAGCCGGAGGCGCAAGCAGAACAGGCGCCGCAGCCGCAAGCACAGCCGGCGCAGCCGGCACAGCCGGCACAGCCGGCUGAGCCGGAGCCGUUGGACCGCACCCCACAGGCGGAGUUCCCGGUGCCGACACUCUUCUCGGAGCACCCGAAGCGAGCCGAGCCCCCGGAGCUGAAGGUGCCCAGACACCUCCCAGACCACAAGCCCAUGUGGCAGGAGAUGAUGGAGACACAGGACCCACCCUUGCCACCACCCCUGCAAGUGCCCCAGCCGGAAGAACGAGCCCAGCUGCCUCCCAGCCGACCUGCACUAGGCGAUGGCGGCGCCCCUGCCGAGCAGGGCGUGAUUUCCGACACGGGGCAGAUGGACCUUCUCCGCCUAUUGCAGGGCACCCAAGAGGAGGCCCCGCCACCGCCGCAGUCGCGCGCAGGCCCGCCCGUGCCCAGCACGCGCCCUCUUGAGGAGGUUAGCACAGCCGAGCUUGUCGCGGCCAAGACGCUUGUGUUGCCGGGGACGAAGCAGGUUUGUCCAGCAACGCCGCCCCGUGCCGCGCAAGGUGCGCCGGAGCUUCGAUCUAUCGCUGCCGCGCUGCUGCAAACCACGCCCCCGUCGGUGGGCGUGGAGGAUCAGCUGCUGCAGGCUGAAAAAGAGGAGCGGCGAGAGUUUGAGGCUCGCCAAGCUGCUGCAGCUGAAGAGGAGGCGCGAGGGGCUGCAACGGCUGCAGCCAUGGAUGAGGAGAAGGGCCCGCCAGAUGCUCCGCACGACGAGGAGGAGUUCCCCGAGGGGCAGGAGGCUCUGGCAACGCUCAACCGAGCUACUGCGCAGCUGCAGAAGAAUGAGCUGAGCCAUGCGGAAGCAGCCAGAACCUUCUCUCGCCUCGUAGCCGGGCUGAGGCCUGGUCGGCUCAGAUGUUCCGCGCUGCUGAACCGUGCGCAUUGCUACGUGGGCAUGGGCAUGCUGCAAGAUGCCUUAGCCGACAUCCAGGAAAUAACGAGCCUCGAAGGCGCCGUGGAUGGCUUCGACGCAUCGCGUUGGCCCAAGGUUUGGAUGAGCCGCGGCGGUAUCCACCGCAAGCUUGCCCAAUCGGCCGCCGGCGCGGAAGCGGAGAAGCUCUAUGGCAAGGCCAAGGCUGACUACGAGCAUGUGCUCUCCAUUCAGUCUGCCAGCGACGCCUACGUCGCCAAGGCCAAGCGCUGCCUGGCGCAGCUGGAAGCCGGCGAGGAGCCGCGAGGGCGGCUCUCCGUCGGCGAGGAGAAGGGCGAGCUGCAAAGACUGCAGGCCCCCUCCCCUCGGUCGAAGCGGCCUUCCACGUCGCCGUCGCCAGUCGCGAAGCGCGCUCGCUUGGAGAACUCCUCCGGGAGCCGCUCAGCUUCGCCGGCGCCAGAGGGGCCGGGGCCACAGUCGCUGCAGCCUGGCGGGUUGAAGGCUGCCCGACGGGUCCUGGAGGCGUUGGGUGACGACUGCCUAGCAGCUGGGCGCCUGCUUUUCCUGGACGGGUCCGUGACGGCAAAAGACACCGCAGGCGAUGCCUCCGCAGCACCGACGGCGCCGGCGACGGCCUCGACGGCGCCCACGCGGCGCCCUGGGAUGAGGAGGCUCUUCGAGGUGAGGGGCCCUUUUGGGCCGCCAGAGCAGGUCACUCUGCAGCUCUCUGACGACUUCAGCGCGGAGUGCAGCUGCAGGCUGCAGGGCCACUGCAAACACGUGGCAGCGGCGCUGUGCGCUUUGGAGAAGGAGGAGAAGGAUGCGGCCUUAAUUGCACCGCCCACUGCGCCACCUGAGUCGCUGGUCACGCGCCCAGCGGAUUCCGCAGCACGGCGCCAGCUCGAGGCAGUCCUGCGCCAGCUCGAUCGGAAGACGAACGAUGAGCUGAAGAGCUACUUGAGGCUGAACAAUCAGCUGCUGAGCGGAGCAAAGCCGGAACUUCGGCUGCGCGUCGCCGACGGCGCGGUCUUCGGCGCGUUGUCCCCCUGCCCGAAGUGUGGCGGACACCUGCACCCGGAAGAUCCGGGGCAGGCGCCCCACACCAUGUACUUUUGCAAGCGCACGCUCCGUGACCGUGAAGCCUGCGGGUUCCAGGUGUACGGCAGUGACGCGGAGCGCCGGCCUUUCUUAGGUGCGGAGGAGCUCCUCAAGCACGCCUUCUGA